AUGGCGGACAAGGAUGCCAUCGAGCUUAUUGACAAGAUCUGUGCUCUGAAAAAUGAGGCUGUUGUUCAUGAUGGUGAUACAGUCCGUUUUGGAACCACCGAUAAUGAUGCUCGACGCGUUCGAGAACACCUGAACAUGCAUGCCCGCAAACUCAUUCUUACCCUACAAAAACCCAAUAUGGCAGUUUGGGAUACGAUCCGUAGGUGUGCCAUACUUUCGCCUAUCAAGAUAUUGCAAGAUGUGGGGGUAUUUAGAUAUCUCGCUGGUCGUGAAAGUGCCACUGCAAAAGAACUGGCUACCGAAUUAGGCGCUGAGGAAUCAUUACUUAUUCGCAUGAUCAGGCCUCUAGUCGCGGAAGGCUUGUUUUCAGAAGUAGGCGAAGAAGUUUACUCACUCACGGUUUCCGGGAGCCCAUAUGCGCUCCCAGCAUUUGAGGACUCCAUCACGUUUUCAAUUGCGUUUAUGCCCGUUGUUAUGGGUAAUCCUUCUUUCUUCCGUAACUAUGGAUACAGAGAGCCUGUGUCGCACGACGGGCUAAACACACCAAUGGCCGCAUACUUCCAGAAACCUGGAUAUGGAUUCUUUGAUUAUCUGAAAGACAAUCCUGAUAUCCAGAAGGUUUUUGCAUCUUCCAUGGGGGCACAUACAAAGUCUGCCAAUCUUUCUUCUUCAGUUUACCCAUAUGGAGAGAAAUUGCUGUUAAAAAAAGGGGAGGAUGAAACGGGUGUCGCAAUAGUUGAUGUUGCAGGUGGGACUGGGGUGGUGUUACAAGAGAUUUUGAAUCGUUACCCUGGAAUCAAAGGCCGGAUGGUUACGCAAGAUCUGCAAGCAACUUUUGAUACCUUGACUGAAAAACCACAGAGGAUUGAGCUCAUGGCACAUGAUAUCUUCACUGAACAACCUAUUAAAGGCGCCUCCGCAUAUCAUCUGAAACGAAUUUUACAUGAUUGGAGUGACGGACAAUCCCUAAUAAUACUGAAGAACAUCGUCUCUGCCAUGGAAAAUGGGCAUUCAAAACUCUUAGUUAUGGACUCAAUCAUACCGCCAACCUCUGCUACCUUCUCACAAGCCAUGGGGGACCACUCUAUGAUGACAUUCGGAGGAAAAGAAAGGAAUGAAAGGCAGUGGAGGGAGUUACUCUCUUCUGCAGGACUAAAAAUUGUUCAGAUCUAUGUUGGCCCAGAGCCCGAAGCGCUUAUUGAAUGCGAGAAAGUUUGA